UGAAGAUUGCGCAAUUGUUAUCAUCCCCUUUAUUGUCACUUGAUUAGUAAUCGAUUUUUAUUUGAAAGAAAUAUUUACGUGAACAUGACAAUUAUUACCAAACCGUUUUCGGAAAAGAAAUCCGACAAGCUCGUUGUACCUUUAGUGGAAAACGAGAAAAAUGCGGAAGCCGUGACCUCAAACGAUGUGGAAGCUCAAACACCGGAACAUGUUCGCAUGGUAAUCGUCCCCGCUCGUAUGCGCCGUGUUUCUACAACGACCACGCUAUGUUUACUGCUAACUGCGCUCAUUGUCGUCGGCAUCGGAAUUGCGGGGGGCACCUACUUGUACCAGCAGUACUUGCGCUCCCAGUUGCGUUUCAAGGGGUGGUGCACGAUCCCGUACCCCGACGGACCCAAAUCCGCGAUGUUCCUCGGCCCCAACGAAAAUGCGCAAAUGAUCGACGACGACCUGAUGAAGAUCGACUCGAACCUGUUGGAAACCAUGGGCAGCUACCUGCAGGAGGAGUUCGAAUUGGACCUCGAGAAUCAGGUGUACGAGAAGAUCGACGUGCCCGACUUUCAAAACGGCCGUAGCGGCCGAUUCAUCCACGACUUCGGCACGAACACGACGAGCAUCGUCGACGUCACCGGCAGGCGAUGCUUCGUAAUGCCGCUAAAUCGUAACGUCAUCCUCCCGCCGCGCUCGCUCUACGAUUUGAUACGCAAAAUGUGGGACGGCUAUUACAAAAUCAACACGGAAAUUCUGAGGGAGACCAUGCACGUCAUUACGCCGCAAUUGAGCAAGGACGAGGUGAAACUGCUUGGCGGUUACAUCACACGGGAAUGCGCCGGAUUGCCAAUUUACAAGUUGGAGAAAUUCGUCAGCGGUGUUGUAAAACGGUCAGCGGAGCUCGGAAACGAUUUAAAAUUCACCCAGUUCGCCGGGAAUCAAAUUUUAGAAUUUGACAUUGUAAACAUGAACGAACUGAAGCAGUAUGAAGAAGGUGAUUAGUUCAUUUCGUACGUUUCUACACAAAUGCAAUACAUAUUAUUAUACAUCACGUAUUCGUAUAUAUUAACUGUAUAGGGAUUGUAGUUUGAUUAAAUUUUUUGUCAUUCUUAGACGUUGUAAACUACCUUGCGAGUAGUAGGUUCAUACAAAGGUUGCGUUGCAGGGGGAAGGAGGGGUGAGAUGCGAUUAGUACUAUUUAUGUUUUGCUUGUUUACACGAUGAGACAUAGGGAAUAUUUUGACGAUUGUUGCUGUUAUGUACAAUAAGUCAGAUCACUAGGUGUUUAUGUGUAAUUUCCUUUGGUAUAAUUUGAAUGUAAAGUUUUUAAACAGAAGGUAGGUAUAUUACCCAUAAAUGACAAAUGUGUAAUUUAAUAGAUGUAAUUAUCUAGUUUAUAAACUGUCGUAUGACAUUUAUUUAUGGUUGAACAAUUUUUAAUAAAUAUUAUCUUGUAACUAA